GGGUCGAAGGUUUACAGCUGCGCAUAAACAGAGAUUUUGAUCAGUGCGUGAAAAGUUUCGGUGGAGUCCGCGCGCAUUGAGACUCUCCACAGCAACCCGACCUGUUGCGUCCGCGUGCGCCGUCACGGAGCAGAGAACAGUAAAAAAACCCUUUGGAGCAGGACUCGGACAACACUGGACUUAUUUAUUUCAAUUCGCUAUCUCAUUGCAUUUUUUUGUGUUUGUAAGUUCCAUGUGACAUUUUAUUAAACGAUCGUUUAUUUACUGAAGCGGUCAGUCCUUUAAAGUGGCUGAAGAAAAAGGGACACUGUUUUUUAACCCAAUGAUACAAAAGACGAGAACAAACCGGACGGCAAGGUAAAGUUUUUUUUUUUUGCUUGCAGGUGAUCCUCGGAAGUUACUUCUGAAGAAACGUCUGGAUUAAUCAGAGACGGAAUUUGGGACUUUCAUAAAUAUUCUUUCUUGUCUUUUACUUUCGCCUUGUGUGUAUUAUUUCCGCCCGCGUGUAUAUGAACGUUUGCUAAAAACGAAACGAUGGAAGUGAGCGCGGAGCAGACCCGCUGGAUAGGCCACCAUCCUCAUCAUCAUCCUCACGCUGUGCUGAACGGGCAGCACGCGGAGCCGCACCAUCCCGGACUCAGUCACUCGUACAUGGAGCCGCAGUAUCCGAUUGAGGAAAUGGACGUGCUCUUCAACAUUGACGGACAGAGCGGCCACCCGUACUACGGAAACCGGGGUGUACAGCGGUACCCGCCGCCACACGGUAGUCAGGUGUGUCGUCCAUCAUUGCUGCACGGCUCUCUGCCAUGGCUGGAGAGCAGUAAAGGAAUCGGAUCACAUCAUGGGGCCUCACCCUGGAACCUGGGCCCCCCUUUCCCCAAAGCACCACUGCACCAUGGCUCCCCCGGGCCUCUGUCUGUCUACCCUCCGCCCUCCUCCUCCUCUUCUUCCUCUUCCUCCUCUUCACUGUCGGCUGGCCAUGCCAGCCCUCACCUUUUCACAUUCCCUCCUACUCCUCCAAAAGACGUGUCCCCAGACCCAGCGGUGUCCACGCAGUCAUCUGGUUCUUCACUGCGGCCUGAAGACAAAGAGUGCCUCAAGUACCAGCUGCCUGACGGCAUGAAGCUGGAUGCAGCCCACAGCCGUGGCAUGGCCAUUGGAGCAGGCACAGUGGCAACGUCCUCCUCUGCGCAUCACCCCAUCGCCACUUACCCUCCCUAUGUGUCCGAUUACGGGCCGGGGCUCUUCCCACCCAGCAGCCUGCUAGAGGGCCGAGAAUGCGUGAAUUGCGGAGCCACUUCUACACCUCUCUGGCGGCGGGACGGAACCGGUCAUUACCUGUGUAACGCGUGCGGACUUUACCACAAGAUGAACGGGCAGAAUCGUCCCCUAAUCAAGCCCAAGCGGAGACUGUCUGCUGCACGGCGAGCAGGAACAUCCUGUGCAAACUGUCAAACGACCACGACGACGCUGUGGAGGAGAAACGCGAACGGCGACCCGGUGUGCAAUGCCUGCGGCCUCUACUUUAAACUGCACAAUAUCAACCGACCACUCACUAUGAAGAAGGAAGGCAUCCAGACCCGCAACAGGAAGAUGUCCAGCAAGUCCAAGAAGAGCAAAAAGUCUCAGGACAGCAUGGACGACUUCUCCAAGAGCCUGAUGGAGAAGAGCAGUUCGUUCAGCCCGGCUGCCCUCUCACGUCACAUGACCUCAUUCCCACCCUUCUCACACUCGGGCCACAUGCUGACCACGCCCACUCCUAUGCACCCCUCCUCCAGCUUGCCCUUUGCCCCCCAUCACCCCUCCAGUAUGGUAACCGCUAUGGGUUAGGCUAUCUCCAACCCUGACCGUGACCUCAGCCUCAACCACAACUCCUCAAUCUUUGACCUUGUACCCCAAAACCUGCUCUCUCCUGGCCCACAGAUGACUGCUAUGAGCCCCGUAAAACUUUUGUACACCCCUACUUCUCACCAACAAGAGCGAGAUAAUAAGAGAAAGAGAGAGUGAGUGAGUGAGAGAGACAUUAAUUGCUUACAUUGUUAACCUUAUAAUGUCACCAACAUUACUCGUGUACAGGUUCCCUCUCUCAUGGCACAGACACGCGGAAGUGAAACGUAAAGGUUUAAACCCUGUUCUCCAUCCAUCCAUCCAUCCAUCCAUCCAUCCAUCCAUCCAUCCAUCUAUCUAUCAGCCAUCCAUCCAUCCAUCCAUCCAUCUUUCCAUCCAUCCAUCCAUCCUUUUACUCCUUCCUCCAUCUCAACUCAUCAUCCUUCCCUUUCGUUUUCUUCAACGAGUGAUCUGUGAAAACCACAGAGGAGACAGACUCUGCAUAUAUUUGUACAAAUUGUAUGAAAUACAGUACAUUUAAAAGACUUUUUAAAAGAGAGAUAAAGACUAACAAGGAGGGGGGGAAAGUCUAAGGGCAGCUAACAACAAGAAGGGUACGACUUAAACCUGGAGGAAAGACAAGACGCCGAAGCGGGACGUUGUAGCAGCUCUUCCUUGUAAAGAAGGAGACAGAGACUGACAGAAAAUAAAGUGAAAAUAAUGGAAUGUGGGCUUUCUGUGUAAUGGAACGGUGUGUAACGCAUUAACGCUUGUGUAGUCAGGUCUGUUCCUCUGACUGCCAGCUACUCUUCUGGAUGUGUAAUAGGUCUUGGGCAAUCGAUUUAUGUUCACACACACACACACACACACACACACACACACACACACACACACACACACACACACACACACACACACACACACACACACACACACACACACACACACACACACACACACACACACACAGACAUUCUUAUUACACAUAACCACCUGUUUUGAUCACCUUAAAGACUUUCUUCUGGCCCAGGUUAUAUGCAUUGUGAAAAAAAAGUUCCUGUAUUUGUUAUUUGUAUGUAUAAUUCAGAGUACCAAAAAUACAAAAGAAACAAAGAUGUAGAAUUAUUUCUUUAUGUAAUGCAGACUGAAUGGUUGUACAAAUUUAAUAAUCAAUAGUGUAAAAAAAAAGACUUGCUUUUUUGUUGCGUAAUUUUUUCCUCUCUUUGAAAAUAAUAAACUAGUUUAAUCUCUGUUCACAUCA